AUGUUGUCUAGAUCAUUCACCACUCAAUUACGUUCUUUCAGUUCCAGCUCUUCCAGAAGCGCAUUCGCCAAGUUGACCCUUUUGGGUAGCGUUGGCAGUGUGCAACAUAGAGAAAAGAAGGAUGGUUCUCCGUUCAUCAACUACUCCUUAGCUGUCAACCACUUCGUUCCAAACUCAGAAGAGAGACCAACCGAUUGGUUCAACAUCUCUGUUUUCAACGAACGUCAAGUUAAGUUCUUCAGUGACCACAUUACCCCAGGUACCCAAUUGUACGUCGAAUGUGACUUUAGACAAAACACCGUUGUAGAUGAAAACGGUGAUAAGAGAGUCUACCCAAACUAUGUGAUGAGAAACUUUGACAUUGUCAAGUUGAGAAAGAAGGAAGAAAACUUUGAAGAAGAAGCUUAA